UCCCUCACUCCUGCUGGAAGCAUCCGCGGCGGUGGUGGUGGUCGUCGGAGGCAGUUUGAAGCCAGAGUUGGUGCAGUGAGGUGGGUGAGGACAGGUCUCUCCUUCCGUCUGCCUCUUUCCCUCACCUGUUCUCUCAUUUCUCGAAAGUCAAGACGCUCCAGCAGCUACGAUGAAGCAGACGCGAGGCUCGGAAAGCGCCGCGACUAUGGUGCCCUGGAAGGUGGUGGCGGUAGUGUUGGCAGCCCUGGGGUUUUUCGCACCCGUUCAUGGCCAUUUCGGGAGCUGUGAGGACCACACCACGCAGUGCCCUCGCCUGGCCAGCAUCGGCCUCUGCGAGACACGCCGACAGUUCAUGCUGCAGAACUGUCCAGUGAGCUGCGACGCCUGUGUAGACCCAAACUGUUUCGACCGCAGCUCCCGGUGUACCCCGAUGGCAGCGCGUGGGUUGUGCGAGACCCAGAAGUCGUUCAUGCUGACGCAGUGCCCCCACUCCUGUGACGCCUGCAGGAUCGGGCAGCCCACCGCUGUAGGGUUCACCAACCUCAAGACCAUCAUCAACCCGGACUUCGACUGUGGCAGGCCUUAUCCCCCGCAGGCAGGACGAAGGAAGCGCCAGAUUUACUUCCCCGACGAGAUUGAGGAAAUCAUUAAGAAAUUCCCGCCGGGCGUUGUUGCUAACCGGCGCCGCCCACAGAACCCACGGAGCCCACAGGCGCAGGAGGGCACCCAGCCAAUCGUGCCGCUGUCAUCCCCAGCAACAUCAGGUCCCGCCAGUCUGAGCGUGCACGACACCUUCUGCGGCUCCACGCCCAUCACAGACCGCUUCCUGCUCACCGCCGCCCACUGCGUCUUCGAUUCCGACCAGCCAGUGCGGACUGUGCGCUUAGGGGAGCUGGACUUCGCACGAGAGGACGAAGCUAACGCGAGACCCGUGGACUAUGCCGUGGAGCAAAUUAUCGUACACCCCGACUUUGACCCGUCAUCGCUGGAGCGGUACAAUGACGUGGCACUCAUCAAGACAGUGGAGCCCAUGCAGUUUAACGAGGUGGUGUUUCCCUUCUGCCUCUCCGACAAGGCCCCCACCCCAGGCUCCAGUGUCACCGGCGCAGGCUUCGGUCUCGUUAACGCCACACACAGACCCACGCAGCUGCAGGAGGCAGACCUGGAGGUGCUGGAGGCCUCGAUGUGUGAGGGCAUCUUCGAGCGGGAGCAGUUUACGCCGCAGUUGAGGCUAAGGUACCCACAGUUGCUGCAGGGGCAGAGCAUCCUGUGCGCCUCCUUCCCAGAGAGGAGCGCCUGUCAGGGUGAUUCGGGCGGCCCGCUGUUCAUGGACAGGAACAACCGGCGCUUCCUGGUGGGCAUCGUGGGCAGCGGCGUGUCCUGCAGGGCCAACGGAAUCUCCAUCCUGCCGGGCCUGUACAUCAACGUGGCGGACCACAUUGAAUUUAUUGACAGUGUUCUCUACAGCCCGUCCCCCUUCUGAGCACCAGGACGCCACGAGGACUCUCUCUCUCUCUCUCUCUCUCUCUCUCUCUCUCUCUCUCUCUCUCUCUCUCUCUCUCUCUCUCUGCGCCGUAAUGUAACAGAUUAGUAAAUGUCCUGUGCAUCUGCUAGUCUGUUAUUAAGACAGCUUCAUACUAACUACUACUACUACUACUACUACUACUACUACUACUACUCCGGAGCUUUAAAAGAAAACUUAACAUAUAAUGAUGAAAGUGAUAAGAAGAAAUAGGUAGAUAUGUUUUAUACGGGAACUGCCACGUGUAGGCCUGACGGCUUCUUGCAGCUUCCUUUUAAGCCGGAAGCUGCUGGAGGAUUGACACGCGAGCACAGUUCCAUUCAUGUUACGCAAUGGACAGUCUUCAACCAAUGAUUAGCGUCUGACGCCUUCAGUCAUCCCAGUUCUCGUUCACCAGUCCCUCUACAUUACGCCGUGUCACCGGAAAGUGUAAAUACGUUUGUUCAUGUGGUAGUGAGGAAGAUUUGAAACACUUCCGCGCCGCACCUCCACUACAUUCAAGAGGUUCUAAUUGAUGUUAUACGGGUAUCCAAGGGUGAUUUUUUUUUUUUUUUUUUAGUUCUAGUGACAGAUUAACAAGACAUUAACAUUAUUAACAGGAGAAGCACUCUUGAGAACCCGGCUAAUGAUCUCUGUGGCUUUUGAAAAUAGUUGUGAGAGCAAAGCGUUUCAGAAUACGGAUCCGAAUGUAAAAGGUAAAAAUAACUGAGGUACUGGCCCGUAACAUCGAAAAUACGGAGGCGGUGAAGUGAACAGGAAGGAAAAUGUUAUGACAGACCUGUUAUUAUAGUGAAGAUUUGUCACUUUUGUCUACGUAAUGUAUUAUGAGAAGACAAUGUACUAACCAUCGGCUCCCCCACAUUCAGUCUCUGUGUCUGAGAAAAGGUCCUCGUGUGUGUAUGUGUGUGUGUUUGUGUUCGUCUUUUAUUUCCUUGAGUUGUAAGACUUUUUAUGUGUCGAUUAAUAAAACAAUAAUAAUAAAAUAAAUAAAA